AGAGUGUAACUCUAACGCUGCUGUGCGGAGUGGACACACAACUCCUCUGAGAUGACUAAGUUUCUGUUCCAGAUGAUCCUUUCCUGAACAAUAACAGGACCACAGGCUGGGUGAAACUGGCCCGCUGGACACUACGAGGUGUUGACGUGAGAUCAAAGUCUCAGACAGGCAUCCGAUUUGAUGAGGUAACAGCGGACGUCAGAGGACGCACCUGCCCCACGUAACACCGUUACCCCCUCUCCCCUCCCCUCUCCCCCUUCCCUUUCCCUCUUACCUCUUUCGCCAUGGGUCAGAAGAUCUCUGGGAGCAUCAAGUCAGUGGAUGUGCGAGGAGAACCGUCUUUUCGGCCUCUUCGGCGAGAGCUGCGCGGGCCGGACUUCUUCAAACCGGCCCGGCUGGACCUGCUGUUAGACAUGCCCGCGGCACCGCCCGAACUACAGCUGCGUCACGCCUGGAAUCCCGACGAUCGUUCCCUCAACAUCUUCAUCAAAGAGGAUGAUAAGCUAACCUUUCACCGCCACCCCGUGGCCCAAAGCACGGACUGCAUCCGGGGACGGGUGGGCUACACGAGAGGGCUUCACGUCUGGAGCAUACACUGGCCCGCCAGGCAACGGGGAACCCACGCGGUCGUCGGCGUGGCGACGGUCGACGCUCCCUUACACUCGGUCGGUUACACCUCCCUAGUGGGAAGCGACGGCGAGUCCUGGGGCUGGGACCUAGGUCGUAACAAGCUGUACCACAACAGUAAGAACAGACCGUCAUCUUCGGCUCCCACUUACCCCUGCUUCUUGGAGCCAGAAGAGGCGUUCGUGCUGCCCGACACUCUCCUGGUGGUCCUAGACAUGGACGAGGGCACACUAAGCUUCAUGGUGGACGGACAGUACCUGGGCGUGGCCUUCCGUGGGUUGAAAGGGAAGAAGCUUUACCCCAUAGUGAGCGCUGUAUGGGGUCACUGUGAGAUAACCAUGCGUUACAUCAAUGGCCUUGAUCCGGAGCCACUGCCUCUGAUGGACCUGUGUCGACGUGCAGCGCGUUUGGCACUGGGCCGGGAGCGGCUGCAGGAAAUUGAGACUCUGCCCCUGCCCCAGUCUCUGAAGAAUUACCUCCAGUACCAGUGAGCAAGACUGUCCAUGCUGUGAGACUCAAAGACACAGAGACACAGAGAAAGAGAGAUGGAGAAAGGUGGAGAAGGAG